AUGAGAACCACGUACAAAGUCUCCCGGGAGAGUGAGAGCAUAUUUUUCCAGGAGUUGGAGGAUGUUUACCUUGACGUGAGUGCGGUGGUGGCGGACUGCAUACUUCAUGGGGCUAAUAUCGUAGCUGUCAAGGCUUUGGAGCAGAGCAAGAGGUACGACUCUCUCAGCGGGAUGUGCCGAGGCGUGGACGGGCGGCUGGACUUGGUGAGCCUGGUGCGCGGGCUGGACGUGUCCCCUGGCCACGCCGCCCGCACCCCCCACCACCGCUUCACGCCCCCGCAGCCGCCCCACCCUGCCGAGGCGCCCAACGGCGAACUCUAUCCCCAGGAAGCUCCUCCUCCACAUCUGAAGGACGAACUUGUGCUCGACCGCCUGGCCGCCCUUUCCUCCAAAAACCGCUACGAGGCGCUGCGGAAGGAGGAGGCCGACCUCGAGCGCCAGGUGGCCCAGCUGCAGGAGGCGCAGGAUACUCUCCAAAGGAUACAGCAGAGGAGCCUCGAGUCAUCGGUCUUCAACAAGGCCAACGAACUGCAGGAAGACAUCAGCAUGAAGCGCUUUGACCUCCGCGUCGCUCAGGUCCAUCUUUCUGCCGUCAGGUCACAGAAAGAGUUAUUCGCGUCAAAAGACGGGGGAGGGGCUGAGGGCCGAGAGAGGAAGAUGUCUAACUCAAGCGGAGGAAGUAUGAAGACCAAGUGGAUGAAAGCCUUUAAGUCUUUAAAGACAUCAGAGCCCACUAGUGGGAAGUGA